AAAUCCGACUUGUUUUUUGUCUUCCAAAUCUCUAAGCCUUAACUUUAUGAAAAUUCUAUGUUUUAAAAUUUGUAAAUUACGUUUGGAACGAUGGCGGCGAUAGGGCGGAACUUCUCAAGAACUGUGCAAUACCACAUAGUGCAUCCCAGAUGGAAUCAUUUGCUCUGCAAAGCCUGUGCCAGUUCUCAAUACGAACGUCACAAAAGGUCCUUUUUGAGGAGACACCACAACACACCUCCUAAGCAUGUGAAAAAGAACGAUGUCCUUCGUAAACUAAAGAUAUCCGUGUUUUGGCAGAAGCUUCGGUCCAACCCAUCUAACUUUCAAAUAGCUCUCAACCAGCAGAGGUUCUUAAGCAAGGAAGCUGGCGAGGACUGUGCCAACUUGGAAGACGGCAAGCCCGACAACAGCCCACCGCCCAUGUGCCGGAUGGCCAGAAAGCGAAGGCACCUGGAUGACAUGAAGAAGAAGGAGGCGGAGGCGAAGGCCAAGGCCGAGGAGAACGCUGUCCAAACCCUCGACGAGGCUGUGGAUGAGCUAAAGUUUUCUUGCCAGCUGAGCGCUGAGAUCAAGCAGUGCGAGCAGCGGCAGUACAAGGCGCUAUGCAAGGACCUGAAGAACAUAGAAAAGGAGUUCUCCCACGAUCCUCCGGCCGUGGACAAGCUGGUCCGCUGCAUGCUGAAGGGCAUCAAGAAGGGAUGCCUCCUGCACGCCCAGAAGAAGAUCUGCGCCCAGAAGGAGGCCAAGCAGAAUGCGGCGGCCAUUGCGGCGGAGGCGGAAAAGGCCAGGAUGGAGGGCAAGAAGAAGACCUGCAAGCAACUGGCGGAAGAGGAAGUGGGCACCAACGAAAAAGAAAUGCUGGCGCUGAAGAAGAAAAGGGAAGAGGCCAAGCUGAGGAAGCUCCUGGCGGAAAUACAAGAGAAGUGCAAGCAGGAUCACUGGGCGGCGGUGUGCAAGAAGAAAGCUUCAGAGGCAAAGGAGGCGAAUCUGAAAAAAAAGUGCGAGGCGGCUGCGACGCGAAGAAAGUGCGACGAGGAAGAGAGGAAGAGAAAGGCCAAAGAGGCCGAGGAGCGGAAAAAGUGCGAGGAGGCCGAACGCAAGAAGAAAUGCGAAGAAGCUGAGCUCAAGAAGAAAUGCGAAGAAGCUCUCCAGAAAAAGAAAUGCGAAGAAGCUCUUAAGAAAAAGAAAUGCGAAGAUGCGGCCAAGAAGAAAAAGUGCGAAGAAGAUGAGCAGAAAAAGAAAUGCGAAGAGGCUGCUUUUAAGAAAAAGUGCGAAGAAGCUGCUCAAAAAAAUAAAUGCGGAGGAGCUUCAGAGAAAAAUAAAUGCGGGGGAGCUCCUAAAGAGAAGAAAUGCGGUGAAGCUCCCAAAGACGACCUAAAGAAGAAGUGCGAAGAAGCUGCCCAGAAGAAGAAAUGUGAAGAGCUUGCUCAAAAAAAGAAGUGCGGUAAAGAAGACCUCAGACAGAAGUGCGAAGAGGCUCUUAAACAAAAGAAGUGCGAAGAAGCUGCUCAGAAAAAAAAGUGCGAAGAAGAGGCUCAGAAAAAGAAAUGCGAGAAUGCAGCUUUGAACAAGUGCAUAGACCCUGAGAAGAAAAAGAAGUGCGAAGAUGCUACCAAGGUCAAGACGUGCCUAGACGAUGACAAGGACAAGAAGUGUGGGCAGGCUUCUCGGAAUACGAAAUGCGAAGACCAAGCGUUUAUAAAGAAAUGCCUCAAGUCGGCGAUGAAAACGAAAUGCGAAGAAGCCGAGUACCUGAAGAAAUGCGCUGCAGACGAAAUGAAAAAAAGAAAAGAAGCCAAGAAGAAAUGCCAGGGGCAGGCUGAGAAGAAAGCAGAGUCCGAUCGUCUUGAGAAACUAUCGAUGCAGAUAAGAAAAGGAGGUGGAGGAUCGUGUGACAAAGAGAAAGGCAAGGGCGGAAAAGGAUGUGGCAGCGAAACCAGAGACAGAUACCUAUCAGCCUCUAAGAAAGACAAGGAUGAUAAGUAGGGCUAGCCCAAGGGUCUGGAUAA